AUAUCGUCUUUCUAAUGUAUACUAUUACUGACUUGGAAGCGCAGCAGGUGUCGGUGUACCUGUACAUCCUUUUCGCAUCAAUCAGUGUCCUGAUAUACGAUCACGUGGCAACCCUCCCAGAAGAAAUCAUGUUUAUCUGGCGUCGUCCAAAAGCAAUGUCUGCAGUGUUAUUUCUCAUCAAUCGCUACCUCGCCGUUCUCAACAAUAUUCUUGCCUUAAUGGGCAGUUUCCUACCCGUUUCACCUGAGAGACUUAGCUGUUCGAAAUACGUGAUGGUCGUAGAUGUGUUACAGUUUUUUCAGCAAAUUUUCAUUUGUCUCACAUUGACUCUUCGCACUUAUGCUCUCUACGGCUGCAGCAGGCGCCUGCUUAAAUGGAUGCUAAUCAUCGGCGUUGUUCUUCUGGCAGGAGCGUUAGCGGGAACUUUUGGAGAUGAUUCAAAUGCUGCGGUCUACGCUGGCGACUGCCAUGAAAUAUACACUCCAGCAACAUCUGUCCGUCAGUGCACUCUAAGUCAUAUCUGGAUGUAUAUUGAUGGUGCUACGGAAUUAUCCAAUCGCAGGUCAUGGGAUGGCAUGGGUGGCAAUGUUUAUCUACGAACUGCUCAUCUUUGUCCUCACAGUCUUCAGGGCCUGGAAAACUAGAGGAUUGCGGUUCUCCCUAAUAUCCAGGAGAGAUCUCCUUGAUGUCAUAUUCCAAGAUGGU